AUGACUGCUCAAGGGCAUCCCAUGCUUGUGGAGCUCAAGAAUGGAGAGACCUACAAUGGGCAUUUGGUGAAUUGUGAUACGUGGAUGAACAUCCAUCUCCGUGAAGUUAUCUGUACAUCAAAGGACGGAGACAGGUUUUGGAGAAUGCCAGAAUGUUACAUCCGUGGUAACACAAUCAAGUACCUCCGGGUUCCAGAUGAGGUGAUUGAUAAAGUACAGGAGGAGAAGACCCGCACAGAUAGGAAACCCCCAGGGGGUGGAGGACGUGGAAGAGGACGCGGUAUUGAUGAUGGAGGGGCCAGAGGCCGAGGCCGAGGAGGUUCAGUGGGGAAGAUGGUUGGAAAUAGAGGAGCAGGCCGUGGACGAGGUUGA